AAAAUUUCAAAAUAGGGAGAAGGCGCCAUCUUCUUUGGGCUGCCAUUUCUACGCAGAGUUCAGUUCCAUUGUCGAGAAGAUCACAGAUUAUUAAACUGCACAAUCACUAUCCAGGCCACUAUUCACCGAAGAGAAGAUAAUAACAACAAUGACAAGUCGUGUUACCCCAGGGCGGCUGAUUAUCCCAAAUGAAAACUUGGGCAUGACUCAAAAGAAAUUUUCUGCUGAUGGAAAUGGAAAAAGCUCAAAGAUAAUUCACAAGAAAGGGAUAGCAGGGUCAGGGCGUAAAGCUCUAAAUGACAUUACAAACAAAUCAACCUGUCGCCAGGAGGCUCCAUUGAGGAAGCAGGAAAGAGCAAAGGAAGAAAUUGAUGUAGCUGGUGAAAGAUUUUUGCAUGAUCAUGAUAAAUGCGUUGAUGCACGAAAAGCCACUAUGUCUCCCUUUUACUUGGAUCUUGUUCUUCCUGGACAUGACUCAUUGUCCAAAGUUGGAUGUCAUACGUCCGAUCAAGCAAAGAUUGAUGUUGAUGCCCCACAUUGUUACCCUGACCCGGAUGAAUUGUUCAUGCCUGAGCUUCCUAAUUGGUCAAAGUAUUUGGCCAAGCAACAAUCACCCCCACGCUCCCCAUUGCGUUGGGAUUUUCCGUCAACUUCAUUUUCUUGCCAAUUUGAGGAACUCAACUUUGUGCUUACGCAUGAAUGAUGAAACGAUGAGAAUUCACACGAGGAUUGAAGUUUUCUUAUCUUCCCAUAGUCAGAAAGCGUUCGUAAGAAAGUAGUCGACUGAUUCAAGUGAUUCAUCUAUAUGAUUAGCGAGAAAGCCCUUCUCUCGCUUAGAAUGGAGGAAAGUCUGAUUUUAUGACUGAUCGGUAGUACUUUUUUUCUGACAGCUGAGACUCUUAAUCAACAUAAAUUGACCAGCAAUGUGCUUGAACUUGUAGUGUCCAUUUUGGUUAGUUGUAUAGACUAAGACUUUUUUUUUCUGCACCUAUGCAUCGAUGAACUGUUUGUAGAAGCAAAGCACGACUCUUGCUUUGGAGACAACCUUGCUAAUUUUAGAAAGUGGAUCUCUUUGAAAACUAAUUGAAUAGCUUUUAAA